AUUAUAUCUGUGGAGAGCUGUAUUUAAUUGUUUGAAAUAUGCAGCAGCUGUGGUAUGAAGUGUGGUCACUGAAUCGAUGUUGAUAUUAUCCUUAGUGUUCUGCAGCUUAAAGGUUGAGCUACACAUACGAUAAAUUUACACAAAAAUAAAAUUCAUUAUAAGUUUUCCUUGGAUUUACAGUUGUCUGGAUAUUAAAUGAAAGCUUCCUUUGCUACAAUUUCCACUGAUGUUUGUGGAUGAUUACUAUUUACACUUAUCACAUGUAAGGAAUCACUCGGACAGCUAAAAACUGUACCAGCACACACUGAACAGUGAGGAAAGAUGGAAGCUGUGCUUGGAUUGAUGAUUAUUCUACUGGGAGUUGCUCAUGGUGUGGAUACUUACUGUGAUGGCAGACAGGAUGGAGCUCAGUGUUAUGGAGCUUUGGGAGGAACUGUGGACAUCCAGCUGAUGGACAGCACCUCAGAAAUACCUAGAUACCACUUGUUAAAGGAUUCAUCAAAAAUAUUGGAUGUGAAACACAAAAAGAGUCUUCAUGAUACCACAGAGAACAAAUUUUUAUUUUUUCCUAGUAAUGGAACAUUUAGGAUCAGUAGCCUAAACAGGAAUGACAGUGGUAAAUAUACCCUGCAAACCUUUGAUUCAGAUGGAAGAACAUCUGAUGAGUGGACUUUCAAGUUGAUCUUUCAAGCUCCUGUGUCCUCUGUCCUGCUGGUCUCUGAGUGUCUGUCCCAGGGAGAGAUGAGGGUGUCCUGCUCCUCUGAGGGAGGGGACAGUCCUCAGUACAGCUGGACUCUGGAUGGACGCACACUGACAGAUGCUGAGCUUCUUUCUGGAAAUAAUAAGAGUAACAACAUUAUUCUGAAACAGCACGUCUCAGGACAUCUGGUCUGCUCAGUGAGAAAUCAUGUCAAUAGUGUCUCCAAAGAACAAAGGAUAUGUACUUGUGGAUUCAUUUUCAUUAACUGCACUUUAUCUGAUGGGACACACAUAACAAAGUGGGUGCUUGCAACCAAAAAUACCCUGUGUAUUAAACCAACAAUGGGCCCUAUAACAGUCUCUGACACUGCUCUAGAUAACUCCUUACUUUUAUGUGGUUUGAGAGCAAUCUUGGGAAUUCUCUUAUUAAUUGGGAUUUUCAUCUACUUUGCUUGGAAGAAAAAGAAAACUGAAAAAGUUGCUGUCCCACAAACAAUGGACUAUCCAGACAACUCUGUUCUGAUGGUUGAAAUGACAACUUCUACUUCUUGCAACGCGUAGUGUCAACUUUCAUCUGCCCGACAUUUCACAUCUCUGUGAGUGUGAAAAUAGCACUUAGAUGACACGUAUCUCUUGUUUUUAUUCACUAAUCAUGUUUUACAUUUACACAUCUUACACUGAAUGACCAUGAGAAGGUCUGAGUAUCUUCUGCAUUUGUAUUCUGUGGAAACUAAUAUAACAAAUGUUGUAAUUGUAAGUAGAGUAGUCUUUUAAUUUGACACAUUUUUUGUCAAGCUUAUGGUGGCCUAAAAUCAAAUUUUUGACAUAAUUGCAAACAGAAAUAAUCAACCCACCAAAAACUACUGUUUGUACUAAACUGAAUUUGAGCACUCUCAAACUAUUUGCAAGUGGUUGAAAUUAACAGCACUGAUUCAUACAGUGUACUUUUCUUUUGUUAUUGCUACACUGUAACAAUAUAUUUGUAGGACAUGUUAAUAUUUAUAGUGUGUAUUAGAUGAUUUUCAGACAUAGUCACACACCUCAGUAACAGUUGUGACUAAAAGUUAUUCAGUUAUGAUAAAGAUGAUCAUAACUGAAUAAUGUAAAAGGUACCAUGGUCCCCAAGGUUUAUAAGUUCUCUUUAGCUUUGCAUUUUUGAAAAUCUUUGUUACAUUAUUCUGCAUUGGUUUCAUUUCUAUGUUGUGAGGGGUUUACCUAAGGUUUUUCUUAGUGUUUUGUGAUCUUGUUUCAUCAGUUCUUUUGGUAGCAUUUCAGUCUGGUUUAUGUAUUGCUGUGUUUUCCUGCUUCCCUUGUGUAUCUGCUGGUUCUGCCCUUUCUGUAUUUGUUUACCUUUCUGUCUUUGUGUCAAGCUCAUAUGUCGUAGUCUAGGUAUCAGUGUUAGUCAUUUCCUGUUUUAAUUUGAUAGUCUGCCGUCCCUUGUGCUUUGUGUUCUGUUUUGUUUCUCUUAUUUCAUUAGCCUGGGAUAAGUGUCAGCUGUACUCCCACCUCUUGCCUGUUCCCUCAUCGUCCUGUAUGUCCAUAUAUGGCCUGAGUCUCAUUUUGUUUUUUGUUCUGUUCUUCCUCUAAACAGUGUGCCUCUUGCUGUGUGUUCUGCGGUCCAUGUGUCCUACCAUGUAAACCUAGUUCAUUAGUUCCUGUUUCCACCUUGAUUGAAUUAUUUUGUAUUCUGU